AUGGGUUGCGGGCCCAGCAAGUCGAGCCGCGGCGCUGAGCAGGGCGAUGUCAACGCAAGACCUGCUGCAACAUCACAUACUGCACCAACGAGUAACACAGCACACAAUCCGCCCGCGAGGACCGCGAAUGCCGCUUCGACAAAUGCGGCUCCUGCAGCUGCACCCUCGAGGAAAGUAGCGAGUCCCUCGAAUCCGAUGAACCCUGUGGUUUACUUCGAUGUUGCUAUUGGUGGUCAACCCGUAGGGCGCAUACAGCUGGAGCUCUUUGUAAACGUUGUGCCGGCAACAGCAGAGAACUUCAGGCGAUUCUGUACUGGCGAAUACAAAGACCGCAACGGACGCUCCCAAGGCUACAAAGGAAGCAUCUUCCACCGAGUUAUCCCCAACUUCAUGUGCCAGGGCGGCGAUUUCGUCAACGGUGACGGCACAGGUCGAGUAUGUAUUUACGGAGACUCGUUCGAUGACGAGAACUUCGAGCUGAAGCACACCAAACCCGGACUUCUGAGUAUGGCGAACUCCGGGCCGAACACCAACGGUUGCCAAUUCUUUCUCACGACGGUCCCAACUCCGCAUUUGGACGGCAAGCAUGUUGUAUUUGGCCAAGUCAUCGACGGAAUGGAUGUUGUCAGGACGAUCGAGAACACGCCGAAGGGGCCCGGAGAUCGUCCGCUAAGGGACGUUGUCAUUGUGGACUGUGGUCAGCUCUCUGGGGCCGCAAUUACCUAA